AUGGUGAUUCAAAAAAUCCCCCAUGUAGCUCUUCUUGCAAGCCCAGGCUUAGGCCAUUUGAUUCCCAUACUAGAACUAGCCAAAUGCUUAGCCACCCAACAUGGGCUCAUUGUCACAAUCAUCGCCGUAACAAAUGAAACACACCAAAUCAAGGAUGAACUCCUAAGCUCGGCCUCAUCCUCGUGUCCAGAUCACAUUUAUACCAUAAUCCUGCCCAUUGAUAAACUAAUCUUUUCGGGCAACGAAACAAUUCUCGCUCGCUUGUCGAUCAUGAUGCGAACUGCCUUACCUUCUUUACAUUCCUUAAUCCACAACAUGAAGCGCAAACCAAUAGCCUUGAUUGUUGAUCAAUUUGGUGUUGUUGCAUUUGACAAAAUUGCUCAAGAUUUUAACAUGUUUAAGUACGUUUUUAUAGCGUCUAAUGCAAGGUUUUUGUCCUAUGCUUUGUAUUUUCCAUACGUAGAUUAUAAUAAUCGAGGUGAUUAUGUUCGUAUCCCUGGUUGUGAACCUAUACCGUGUGAGGAAUUAAACAACUUGUCCUCGUCACCUGAUGCACAAAACUAUCAGGAGUUUAUUCAAAUAGCGCAUUUAAUUGAAUCUGUCGAUGGAAUAUUGGUGAACACGUGGGAGGAUAUUGAGGUGAAGACGCUUCUUGCAUUUAGAGAUGAAAAGGCAUUGAAAUUGAUAGUUAAGGCCUCAGUUUAUGCCAUCGGACCGGUGAUAAGAAGCAAUUUAAUGGAAACCGGGGGAGUAAAAUCCAAAUUGAUUAAGUGGCUAGACGAUCAACCAAAUGAGUCAGUUGUCUAUGUUUCAUUCGGAAGUGGUGGAACUUUAUCAACUCAACAAACAAUAGAAUUAGCCUUGGGUUUGGAAUUGAGCAAGCAACGUUUUAUUUGGGUGGUUCGACCUCCUAUAGAUGAUAACAAUGCAGCAUGUUUAUUUGAGUCCGUGGGCGGUACACAUGAGCUUAAUAACUAUCUACCUGAUGGGUUUCUUGACCGAACUCGUGACUUGGGUUUUAUCGUACCAAUGUGGGCUCCGCAAUCGGAGAUCUUAUCCCAUCCAUCAAUUGGGGUUUUUGUUAGCCAUUGUGGUUGGAAUUCGUCAUUAGAAAGUAUUAUAAACGGAGUUCCAAUAAUCGCAUGGCCUCUUUAUGCAGAGCAAGGCAUGAAUGCGACUAUACUUGUAAAGAACCUUGGUAUUGCUAUCCGUUCGGACGUAAAUCCUAAAAAGGAGUUAGUUAGAAGGGAUGAAAUAGCAAGUAUGGUUAGAAGGGUAAUGAUGGAUAAGGAAGGGAUAGGAAUAAAAGCAAGGGUUAAUGGAUUGAAAGCAAGUGCAAAUAUAGCCUUAAGGGAGGGUGGGUCUUCCUACAAUGCGCUAUCACAAGUGGUGAAAAAGUUGUUGGAUGAUAUCAAUGACCAAACUCAGAAUUAA